AUGGAGGGGGGGGCACACGGAAGGGGGGAUGGGGGUCACAACUCGUUCAACAUCUGGGGGUUCCAGCGUGUCUUUGGGGCUGCGGCGCGGUGGCAGCCCCUGGCGCCGGUGCUGCUGGCACUGCUGGGGCCGGUGGCGGCGGGCGACCCCGUGGCCAGCCGCAGCGACCGGGCGGUGGGCACCUUGCUAGGGGUCCUGCUGUGCUUGGUGGUGGGCUUGGCACUAGCCUGGCACCACCUUUGCCGGCUCUCGCCUGGGCGCUACCAUCCCCGGCCCAUGGGCCACAGGGCACUGGCACUGCUGCGGGGAGGCUGGCACCGGCUGCGGGGACGGCAGAGCGACACCGAGGUGCUGCCCGGGGACGGGGACGGGGAGGGGACAGCCCUGGCGGAGGACGUGGUGGUGGUGAUGGCACCUCGGGAUGACGAGGAAGAGUUGAUGCCCUGGAGCCAGGAGCUGAGGCGGCAGGAGGAGGAGGAAGAGGAGGAGGAAGAGGAGGAGGAAGAGGAGCAGGAGGAGGAGGAAGAGCAGAAAGAGGAGGAGGUGGAGGAGGAGACCCCAGGCAGCCCCCCAGGCGUGGGGCAGGUGGCAGGGGGCAGCGCCGAGGCCCUGCUCAGUGACCUCCACUCCUUCUCAGGCACCGCGGCGUGGGGGGACACAGGGCCACAUGUCACCGCCCUGUGAUGGCACUGCCCUGGGACA